CUGGGUGAUUUCAAAAAAGGCAUAGAGUACCACAACUUAGAUCUUAAAAUAGCUAAAGAAGUAGGAGACAAGCAUGGGGAGGGUCAUGCUUAUUGCAAUCUUGGCAAUGCUUAUUACCGUCUGGGUGAUUUCAAAAAAGCCAUAGAGUACCCCAACCUACAACUUAAAAUAGCUAAAGAAGUAGAAGACAAGCAUGGGGAGGGUAACGCUUAUGGCAGUCUUGGCAAUGCUUAUCACCGUCUGGGUGAUUUAAGAAAAGCCAUAGAGUACCACAACCUACAUCUUAAAAUAGCUAAAGAAGUAGGAGACAAGCAUGGGCAGGGUAACGCUUAUGGCAAUCUUGGCAAUGCUUAUGAUAGUCUGGGUGAUUUCAAAAAAGCCAUAGAGUAUCACAACCUAGAUCUUAAAAUAGCUAAAGAAGUAGGAGACAAGCAAGGGGAGGGUGGUGCUUAUGGCAAUCUUGGCAAUGCUUAUUUUAGUCUGGGUGCUUUCAAAAAAGCCAUAGAGUACCACAACCUACAUCUUAAAAUAGCUAAAGAAGUAGGAGACAAGCAUGGGGAGGGUGGAGCUUAUGGCAAUCUUGGCAAUGCUUAUCACCGUCUGGGUGAUUUAAGAAAAGCCAUAGAGUACUACAACUUACAUCGUAAAAUAGCUAAAGAAGUAGGAGACAAGCAUGGGGAGGGUAAAGCUUAUGGCAAUCUUGGCAAUGCUUAUGAUAGUCUGGGUGAUUUCAAAAAAGCCAUAGAGUACCACAACCUAGAUCUUAAAAUAGCUAAAGAAGUAGGAGACAAGCAUGGGGAGGGUGGAGCUUAUGGCAAUCUUGGCAAUGCUUAUUACAUUCUGGGUGAUUUCAAAAAAGCCAUAGAGUACCACAACCUACAUCUUAAAAUAGCUAAAGAAGUAGAAGACACGCAUGGGGAGGGUAACGCUUAUGGCAAUCUUGGCAAUGCUUAUCACCGUCUGGGUGAUUUCAAAAAAGCCAUAGAGUACCACAACCUACAUCUUAAAAUAGCUAAAGAAGUAGGAGACAAGCAUGGGGAGGGUGGAGCUUAUGGCAAUCUUGGCAAUGCUUAUCACCGUCUGGGUGAUUUAAGAAAAGCCAUAGAGUACUACAACUUACAUCGUAAAAUAGCUAAAGAAGUAGGAGACAAGCAUGGGGAGGGUAAAGCUUAUGGCAAUCUUGGCAAUGCUUAUGAUAGUCUGGGUGAUUUCAAAAAAGCCAUAGAGUACCACAACCUAGAUCUUAAAAUAGCUAAAGAAGUAGGAGACAAGCAUGGGGAGGGUCGUGCUUAUGGCAAUCUUGGCAAUGCUUAUUUUAGUCUGGGUGAUUUCAAAAAAGCCAUAGAGUACCACAACCUACAACUUAAAAUAGCUAAAGAAGUAGAAGACAAGCAUGGGGAGGGUAACGCUUAUGGCAGUCUUGGCAAUGCUUAUCACCGUCUGGGUGAUUUCAAAAAAGCCAUAGAGUACCACAACCUACAUCUUAAAAUAGCUAAAGAAGUAGGAGACAAGCAUGGGGAGGGUGGAGCUUAUGGCAAUCUUGGCAAUGCUUAUUUUAGUCUGGGUGAUUUCAAAAAAGCCAUAGAGUACCACAACCUACAUCUUAAAAUAGCUAAAGAAGUAGGAGACAAGCAUGGGGAGGGUGGAGCUUAUGGCAAUCUUGGCAAUGCUUAUCACCGUCUGGGUGAUUUAAGAAAAGCCAUAGAGUACUACAACUUACAUCGUAAAAUAGCUAAAGAAGUAGGAGACAAGCAUGGGAAGGGUAAAGCUUAUGGAAAUCUUGGCAAUGCUUAUGAUAGUCUGGGUGAUUUCAAAAAAGCCAUAGAGUACCACAACCUAGAUCUUAAAAUAGCUAAAGAAGUAGGAGACAAGCAUGGGGAGGGUGGAGCUUAUGGCAAUCUUGGCAAUGCUUAUUACAGUCUGGGUGAUUUCAAAAAAGCCAUAGAGUACCACAACCUACAUCUUAAAAUAGCUAAAGAAGUAGAAGACACGCAUGGGGAGGGUAACGCUUAUGGCAAUCUUGGCAAUGCUUAUCACCGUCUGGGUGAUUUCAAAAAGCCAUAGAGUACCACAACCUACAUCUUAAAAUAGCUAAAGAAGUAGGAGACAAGCAUGGGGAGGGUGGAGCUUAUGGCAAUCUUGGCAAUGCUUAUCACCGUCUGGGUGAUUUAAGAAAAGCCAUAGAGUACUACAACUUACAUCGUAAAAUAGCUAAAGAAGUCGGAGACAAGCAUGGGGAGGGUAAAGCUUAUGGCAAUCUUGGCAAUGCUUAUGAUAGUCUGGGUGAUUUCAAAAAAGCCAUAGAGUACCACAACCUAGAUCUUAAAAUAGCUAAAGAAGUAGGAGACAAGCAUGGGGAGGGUGGGGCUUAUGGCAAUCUUGGCAAUGCUUAUUACAGUCUGGGUGAUUUCAAAAAAGCCAUAGAGUACCACAACCUACAUCUUAAAAUAGCUAAAGAAGUAGAAGACACGCAUGGGGAGGGUAACGCUUAUGGCAAUCUUGGCAAUGCUUAUCACCGUCUGGGUGAUUUCAAAAAAGCCAUAGAGUACCACAACCUACAUCUUAAAAUAGCUAAAGAAGUAGGAGACAAGCAUGGGGAGGGUGGAGCUUAUGGCAAUCUUGGCAAUGCUUAUUUUAGUCUGGGUGCUUUCAAAAAAGCCAUAGAGUACCACAACCUACAUCUUAAAAUAGCUAAAGAAGUAGAAGACAAGCAUGGGGAGGGUCGUGCUUAUGGCAAUCUUGGCAAUGCUUAUUUUAGUCUGGGUGAUUUCAAAAAAGCCAUAGAGUACCACACCCUACAUCUUAAAAUAGCUAAAGAAGUAGAAGACAAGCAUGGGGAGGGUGGUGCUUAUGGCAAUCUUGGCAAUGCUUAUUACCGACUGGGUGAUUUAAGAAAAGCCAUAGAGUACCACAACCUAGAUCUAAAAAUAGCUAAAGAAGUAGGAGACAAGCAUAGGGAGGGUGGUGCUUAUGGCAAUCUUGGCAAUGCUUAUGAUAGUCUGGGUGAUUUCAAAAAAGCCAUAGAGUACCACAACCUAGAUCUUAAAAUAGCUAAAGAAGUAGGAGACAAGCAUGGGGAGGGUCGUGCUUAUGGCAAUCUUGGCAAUGCUUAUUUUAGUCUGGGUGAUUUCAAAAAAGCCAUAGAGUACCCCAACCUACAACUUAAAAUAGCUAAAGAAGUAGAAGACAAGCAUGGGGAGGGUAACGCUUAUGGCAGUCUUGGCAAUGCUUAUCUCCGUCUGGGUGAUUUAAGAAAAGCCAUAGAGUACCACAACCUACAUCUUAAAAUAGCUAAAGAAGUAGGAGACAAGCAUGGGCAGGGUAACGCUUAUGGCAAUCUUGGCAAUGCUUAUUACAGUCUGGGUGAUUUCAAAAAAGCCAUAGAGUACCACACCCUACAUCUUAAAAUAGCUAAAGAAGUAGAAGACAAGCAUGGGGAGGGUAACGCUUAUGGCAAUCUUGGCAAUGCUUAUUACAGUCUGGGUGAUUUCAAAAAAGCCAUAGAGUACCACACCCUACAUCUUAAAAUAUCUAAAGAAGUAGAGGACAAGCAUGGGGAGGGUAACGCUUAUGGCAAUCUUGGCAAUGCUUAUUUUAGUCUGGGUGAUUUCAAAAAAGCCAUAGAGUACCACACCCUACAUCUUAAAAUAGCUAAAGAAGUAGAGGACAAGCAUGGGGAGGGUAACGCUUAUGGCAAUCUUGGCAAUGUUUAUCACCGUCUGGGUGAUUUAAGAAAAGCCAUAGAGUACCACAACCUACAUCUUAAAAUAGCUAAAGAAGUAGGAGACAAGCAUGGGGAGGGUCGUGCUUAUUGCAAUCUUGGCAAUGCUUAUUACCGUCUGGUUGAUUUAAAAAAAGCCAUAGAGUACCACAACCUACAUCUUAAAAUAGCUAAAGAAGUAGGAGACAAAUCCUUGGAGGCAAUGGCCUACUGUUCAUUAGGAUGCGUUUUUGAGUUGCAAGGUGGACUGCCAAAAGCCGUUGAACAUUAUCAAGCUAGCAUAAACUUAUUCGAUUCCUUGAGAGUACUUUUAAAAUCUAAAGAUGAGUGGAAAGUUAAUUUUCGAAAUCAGCAUCAAAUGGCGUAUACGGGUUUGUGGAGAGUUCUCGUAGAACAAGGUAAUGUAGAUGAAGCCUUAUUUGUUGCUGAGAAAGGACGAGCUCAAGCUCUGACCGACCUAAUGGAAUCCAGUUUUCGUGGUGGAACAAGUCACCACAAGGGAGAAGAUGAAGAUUGCGCAGUUUUAAAAAACGUUCUAUCAAACACUGUCUUUCAGGCAGUGGACAAAGCUAACGUCUAUCUUUGGGUUGUGUCCGAAGGAAAACAAGUUCAGUUAAGACAAAGUAAACUCAAAGGUUUUGUUUCAGAGAAUGGUGGAUCUAGCCAGUCCUUUGAGUCGUUCAUGUUCGGUGUCUAUACACAACUUGGUGUUCGUUCUAAUGUGAGAUGCGAGAAUCGAUCUUUAGAUGCUUUGAGGGAGGGCCGUUCAAAAGUGGAUGAGAAAACCAAAGAAGCCAACCCUCAACCUCACAUCCAACAAGACGGAUGCUUGAGCACUUUGUAUGAUAUCGUUAUGAAGCCGGUGGCUGACUUGAUUGAAGGGGAUGAGCUCCUCAUUAUUCCUGAUGGACCCCUGUGGAUCGCUCCUUAUGCUGCAUUGAAGGAUGGUAAUUCUAAAUACCUGUGUGAAUCGUUCACAAUCCGAGUCGCUCCAUCGUUAGCAAGUCUUAGACUCAUUGCCGAUUGCCCAGAUGAUUAUCACAAAAGCAGUGGUGCAUUACUUGUAGGAGAUCCGUGGGUAUCCGAGGUUACUAACAGCGUGGGAGAGAAAGUCCUCGAGCAGCUUCCGUGUGCUAAAGAAGAAGUAGAAAUGAUCGGAAAGAUUCUGAAUAUCACGCCAAUCACUGGCAGACAAGCCACGAAACAUGAGGUGUUGAAAAGACUCAGUUCCGUUUCCUUAGUUCACUUUGCGGCACACGGAUGUCCGGAAACUGGCGAAAUUGCUCUUACACCUGACCUAAACCGAAUAUCUACCGUGCCUACGGAGAAGAAGGAUUACAUUUUAACGAUUCGAGAUGUGUUGAAUGUUCAACUUCGCGCCAAACUUGUUGUGCUCAGUUGCUGCCACAGUGGUCGGGGCGAGAUCAAGGCUGAAGGUGUGGUUGGCAUUGCGCGCGCUUUUAUGGGGGCUGGUGCUCGGUCUGUUGUGGUGUCCCUGUGGGCGAUUGAUGACGAGGCUACUCUCCAGUUCAUGAAAUGCUUUUAUCAACACCUUGCAGAAGGUAAACCUACAAGCAAGUCACUGAACCUGGCCAUUAAAAGCCUCAGAGAAUCAGAUGAGUUCCACGACAUCAAAUACUGGGCGCCCUUUAUGCUGAUUGGAGAUGACCUCACGUUUGAUCUGAUGGCAAAGGAAAGAGAAAAUUUGAAUAGAAAAUCAAAUAAAUGA